AGAAAGUGAAAUGUGUUUGAGAGAAGGCGAGAGAGGAAUAAGAAGGAAGAAGGAAUGGAGCAGCAAAGCAAAACGCUAACAAAAGCAUUAAUCAAGAACAGUAACAACCCGAAGCUGGCAUGGCAACUCUUCACACGAACUCUCUCUUCUCCAAAUCCAAAUCUCCAUUCAAUCCCUGCCCUUACACGCAUCCUCAUCCGUUCCAAAAUGCUUCCCGAAAUCCACACACUUCACUCUUUCCUCCUUCCUCAUAUCAAUUCCCUUCCUACUCAAUACACUCUCAUCAAACUCCUUGCUACCUCUGGUUACAUUCAACACUCCUUUUCUCUCUUCCGUUCUACUCGCUCUCUUCACCCACCACCCCAACUCUCACUCUACAAUUUCCUUCUUCAACAAUCUUUCAAAUUUGAUUCCCCCAACUUCAUGUCUUGGUUGUAUAAAGACAUGAUUUCUGCUUGUGUUGCCCCUGUUACCUAUACCUUCAAUCUUCUCAUUCAUGGGUUGUGUUGUUCCGAUCGUUUACGAGAUGCCCGCCAACUGUUUGAUGUUAUGCCUGACAAAGGGUGUCACCCCAAUGAGUUCACUUUCGGGAUUUUGAUUCGCGGGUAUUGCAAAUUUGGGCUUCCUUUUGAAGGUUUGAAGAUUCUGGAUAAGAUGAAGCUGAUGGGUGUUUGUCCUAAUGUGGUAAUAUACAAUACUUUGAUUGCUAGUUUUUGCAAGAAAGGUGAUGUUGAUGUGGCUGAGAGGUUGGUCGAGAGGAUGAGGGAAGACGGGCUUGUUCCUGACGUUGUUACGUUCAAUUCUAGGAUUUCAGGUCUUUGCAACUCAGGGAAGAUUCUUGAAGCUUCGAGAAUUUUCAGAGAUAUGCAAAUAGAUGAGGUGUUCGGCUUGCCAAGGCCUAAUGUUGUAACUUUCAAUUUGAUGUUGCAGGGGUUUUGUGAGAAAGGGAUGUUGGAAGAAGCGAGGACGCUGACUGAAUCUAUGAAGAAAGAUGAUAUUUUCUUCAACGCGCAGAGCUAUAAUAUCUGGUUAUGUGGACUGCUUAGGAAUGGAAAGCUGUUGGAGGCUCAAACAGUUCUGAAAGAGAUGUCGGAAAAUAGAGUAGAUCCCACGAUAUAUUCAUAUAACAUUGUGAUUGAUGGACUCUGCAAGAAUGGGAUGUUUGGUGAUGCGAAAACGUUGAUGGGCUUAAUGAUAAAUGAUGGUAUACUUCCAGAUACAGUUACUUAUAGCACUCUACUCCAUGGCUACUGCACAAAAGGUAAAGUGACUGAGGCAAAGAAUAUUCUGCAUGAGAUGAUGAAGAGAGCCUGCGCUCCGAAUAAAUACACCUGUAAUACUCUACUUCAUAGCAUGUGGAAAGAAGGGAAAAUAUCAGAGGCACAGCAAUUACUGCAGAAGAUGAAUGAGAGAGGUUAUGGCCUGGAUACUGUGAGCUGCAACGUUGUGAUUCAUGGUCUUUGCCGAACUGGUGAGGUGGACAAAGCUGUUGAGAUUGUGAGUGAAAUGUGGAGUCAUGGAAGUGCUGCCCUUGGUGAUCUUGGAAAUUCGUUUAUGAGCUUGGUGAAUGAAGACGAUCAUGGGAGGAAAUGCCUGCCCGACUUGAUCACCUAUUCAACCAUUAUUAACAGUUUAUUCAGAGAAGGUAAGCUUGACGAAGCUAAGAAGAAGUUUGUUGAGAUGAUGGGAAAGAAGUUUUACCCUGAUUCAAUUAUUUAUAAUACUAUUUUACAUCAUUUGUGUAAACGAGGAAAGGUAUCAUCUGCAUUUCAAGUUCUAAAGGACAUGGAGAAGAAAGGUUGUAAAAAGAGCUUACGAACUUAUAAUUCUUUGAUACUCGGAUUGGGGAAUAAAAAUCAAAUGUUUGAAAUGUGUGGCCUGAUGGAUGAAAUGAGAGAAAAUGGGAUUUCUCCAAAUGCUUACACAUACAAUAUCAUGAUUAGCUGUUUAUGCAAAUCCGGGAGAACUGAAGAAGCGAUUUCUCUUUUGAAUGAAAUGUUACAGAAAGGAAUAAUUCCCAAUAUGCAUACCUUUGAGUUGCUUAUUAAAUCAUAUUGCAGGACUGGUGAGUUCAGACCAGCUCAAGAGGUAUUUGAUAUAGCCUCGAGUAUAUGUGGUCACAACAAAGCGCUCUACGCACUGAUGUUCAAUGAAUUUCUUGCUGGAGGUGAAAUCUUGGAAGCUAAGCAAUUUCUGGAAACUGCCAUAGAUAAACACUUUGAUCUAGGAAGCUUCCUUUACAAAGAUCUUAUAGACAAGCUGUGUAUGGUGGAGAAUUUAGAAGGUGCUCAUGAUAUUCUCACCAAGAUGAUGCACAUAGGAUAUGGGUUUGAUCCUGCAUCCUUCAUGCCAGUUAUUGAUGGUUUACAUAAAUUGGGACAUAAGCACGAGGCAGAUGAACUAGCGGAGAGGAUGCUAGAGAUGGUUUCAGAAGGUAGGGUGGGUAACAAAGCUUACCAAAACUAUAGAGAGUUAAAUCAUACGAAGCGAAGUAAAUAUGGCGGAGAUGGUUGGCAGGCAAUUGUUCACAGAGAUGACGGGAGUGCAGCAGCCUUGAGAAAUUUGAAGCGGGUGCAGAAAGGGUGGGGUCAAGGAAAUGUAUCCAGUAUUCGGACUCCGAAAAAUGACAUUCUGGAUGACUAAGAAGCUAGUAAUUGAAUGUUCUUUCUUCAUGAUCGUGGACUGCGAGUUCAGGGGAAUUGUAUCAAAGCAUGCUCCCCUUAAAAACUUAACGUAUACGGCUAGUUAAAGGAAGCACAUCUAGUUUUGAAGUCAUAAAUGAUUAUUGGGGCUGACAUGGAUGCAAGCAAAUGGAGCUCUGUGCCAAUACAGGACAAUGAAUCACUGAUUCAAGUUUC